AUGAAUCAGCUAUUUACUAUUCUACCCUUCGCCCUUCUAUUCCCCUUCCUAAUCCAUCCGACCUCCGCCCAGACCCCGGCGGCGGCCCCCGGCCCGGCCCCGUCUGGCCCGCCCGACCUGACCGCCAUACUCGCGAAGGCCGGCCACUUCGCCACCUUCAUCCGCCUGCUGAAGAGCACCAAGGUCGCCGACCAGAUCCACACGCAGCUCAACGACUCGAACCAAGCCCUAACCGUCUUCGCCCCGACGGACGCAGCGUUUUCGGAUCUGAAAUCCGGCGCCCUCAACUCGCUCUCCGACGACCGGAAGAUGGAAUUGAUCCAGUUCCACGUGGUUCCGGCGCUGCUCGCGCCGUCGCAGUUCGACACGGUGAGCAACCCUCUCCGGACGCAGGCAGGCGGCGCUCAGGAGCUGUUCGCGAUGAACGUGACGGCGGCAGCGGGGAGCGGCGGCGGGGCGAACAUCACCACGGGGUACACGAACGCGUCGGUGGGGAGCGCGGUGUACGCCGGAGACCAGCUGGCGGUGUACGAGGUGGGCAAGGUGCUUCUGCCGCGGAGGUUCUUCGAGGCGCUGCCGCCGUCUCCGCCUCCUCCGCCGCCGCCGAGGAAGGCGCGGGCGCCGAGGGCUCCGCCGGCGGCGGACGUCGAGGUGGCGAGCUCGUCCUGCGUGAUCCGUGGGUGGGAGACGGUGGCUCGCGCCGCGGCCUGCGCCGUGUUGGUGGCAGCGGCGUCGUCUUUUCAGGUGGUGUGA